UCGAACCAACUACCAGCGACAGUUCUCGCGACGCGCGUUCUUCUCUUCGGACCGCCCGUCGUUUCUCCGGUUUCCGAGUCUAGUGGUUGCCGUAAUCGAGCGGCGAGAAAAGCCCAGAGACAGAGAGGCAACGGGGAACGACGCCUACGCGGACCACCAUGGACGAAAGCGACCACGCUUCCACCUCGCAGAGGUCGUUCGGGGUAAUCGAUUGUGCCGUGUUCGCGGGAAUGCUCGCUGUUUCGGCCAUCAUCGGUGUCUACCAAGCGUACAAGUCGCGGAAAAACGAGGACGCGGUUCGAGAAUACCUGGUCGGCGGACAAAAUAUGUCCAUCUUUCCCAUAACCAUGUCCUUGAUAGCCAGCUACAUAUCGGGAAUCACGAUUCUCGGUCUACCGGCCGAGAUGUACGUCUACGGAACGCAGUUUUGGAGCGUAGUGAUCGCCGAUUCCUUCGUCUCGUUAACCAUGGCCAUCGUUUAUUUACCCGUUUUUUACGAUCUCGGUAUCACUUCGUCUUACGAGUAUCUCGACCUGAGGUUCAACGGUGCCGUUCGACUCAUGGGAUCCGCGAUAUUUCUCGUAAAGAUGCUACUCUACAUCCCGUUGGUCAUAUACGUUCCCGCGCUGGCGUUCAAUCAAGUCACCGGGAUAAACCUGCACGCGAUCGCGAUACUGGUCUGCGCCGUUUGCAUAUUCUAUACUACUCUGGGUGGUUUGAAAGCCGUCGUUUGGACCGAUGCUAUUCAGACGAUCGUCAUGUUCGGCGGAGUGAUGGUGAUCGCUGUGAUCGGGACGAAUCGAGUCGGCGGAUUCGAGCAAGUUUGGAAGAGAAAUCGCGAGACCGACCGAAUCGAAUUCUUCGACAUGGACAUAGAUCCGACAACGCGGCACACCUUUUGGACCGUGGUCAUCGGCAACUAUUUGAACUGGUUGGCCAGCUGCUCGGUGAAUCAAGCGAUGGUGCAACGAUGCUUGGCCAUGUCCAGUUUAAAAAAGGCGAACAUAACGAUCGCGCUCAUGGGGAUCGGUAUAAUUACCAUCGUGUCGCUCAGCUGUUACACCGGUAUCGUCAUCUUCGCGGCCUUCCACGACUGUGAUCCGAUCACGACCAAGCAAAUCAGAAAACCGGAUCAACUGCUACCGUUUUACGUGAUGGGGAUAACCGAGUCGAUCCCUGGACUGCCCGGAUUAUUCGUCGCGGGAGUGUUCAGCGCGGCGCUCAGCACCAUGUCGACCGGCUUGAACUCCAUGUCCGGCGUGAUCUACGAGGACAUGAUAAAACCGUGGCUACGAGUACCCCUAUCCGAAACAGCGACUAGCCGAAUAAUGAAAGCGACGGUGGUGUUGACGGGAACGAUCUGCGUGACGCUCGUUUUCCUCGUCGAGAAACUCAGCGGACUGAUACAGGCUGCGAAAAGUUUAUCGGGGAUUACAGCGGGACCGUUACUCGGCAUCUUCACGAUGGGCAUGUUCUUUCCGAUCGCGAAUUCCGCGGGAGCGCUGGUCGGCGGUCUGGUCAGUUUGAAUCUGGUCGCCUGGAUCUCGUUCGGCACUCAGGCAGCGAUAUCCAGCGGAAAGAUCAAUUUUCCCGUGAAACCGGUCUCCGUCGACGGAUGUUCCGAGUCGCUCAGGAAUCAAGCUACCAACCUUACGGUGAUCGUCGAAACCGCGAUCAAAGAGCAACCCUUCUUCCUUUACAGAAUGUCGUAUCUUUGGUACACGUGGAUCGGUUUCCUAACCGCCAUUUUCGUCGGACUUAUCGUCUCGUGGAUCACAGGACCGAACAAACGCGGCCCCGGUGACGAGAAGCUGUACACGCCCGUGGUUCGUGGCUUCUUACGCCAUUCGACAACCAUCGCGAAUCGCGAGCAGGAGCGGCAGGAAACCGUCACGGAACUCGAGAAAAUGGACGCGAGCGUGACGAACGUCUAGCAUCGCGUCGUCGAAUCGCGUUUACGUCGUAUUUCUAGGUUUCCCGAUCUUCCCGCAGCCAAAAAGUUACCAAGAAACCAUUUGCGAUCCUAGUUGUCGAAGAAAGAUGUAAAAUAAACGAAAAGUA